CAUGGGAGGCUGCCUUUCUGGUGACCUGAAAGGAGGGAAGCAAGCAAUAGGUGGUGGGGUUCAUGGUAGGUCCACUAUGAAUAAUGAUACAGGACAUAACGAAGCCAUUCAUCACUUUUAUACAGUUCGAGGUCAUUCUCCUCUUUUUACUCAAAUUGAGUUAUCGUUGUCAGCAUCAAACUUGCGUGAUCUUGACAUAACAUCGAAGAGUGAUCCUAUGGCAGUUUUGUAUGUAAAGAAAAUGGAUGGGACACUAGAGGAGCUCGGUCGUACUGAAGUUAUACUCAACAGUUUGAAUCCUGCUUGGAUUGAUAAGAUUCAUGCUGCUUAUCAGUUUGAGAUUGUUCAAAAUUUGGUUUUUCAUGUAUAUGAUGUGGAUACCAAAUAUCACAACAUACCUGUGAAAGCACUAAAUUUAAAUGAGCAGGAUUUUUUGGGAGAAACCACUUGUGUUCUGUCUGAGAUAGUGACCAAAAGUAAUCGAACUUUAACUCUCAAUCUCCGUGGAAAAAAUGGUCCAGGAGGUUCCAGAAACUUUGGGGCACUGACUGUCCAUGCUGAAGAAACUUUUUUAUCCAGGAUGACUGUUGAGAUGAAAUUGUGUUGUUCCCGGUUAGACAACGUGGAUAUGUUUUCUAAAAGUGAUCCUUUCUUGAGAAUAUCAAGACAAACUGAAGACGGAAAUCAUGUCCCAAUAUGCAAGACAGAGGUGAUAAACAACAAUUUAAAUCCAGUUUGGAGACCCUUAUAUCUAAGCAUGCAACAGUUUGGAAGCAAGGCAAGCGACGACCCAUUACUUAUAGAGUGUUUCGAUUUCAACAGCAAUGGCAAUCAUGUACUUAUUGGCCAACUUCAUAAAUCAGUUUCUGAGUUGGAAAAACUUCACAAAGACAGAAGUGGUGCAAAUUUGAUUUUCCCAUCUCAUCGUGGUCAGGAAAAGGUUCUCAAGGGCCAGCUCUUUGUAGAUCAGUUUAUUGAGAAAGAGCACUUCAGUUUCCUUGACUACAUUUCUAGUGGAUUUGAGCUAAAUUUUAUGGUUGCCAUCGACUUUACAGCUUCAAAUGGGACUCCUCGAAAUCAAGAUUCCUUGCACUACAUUGAUCCUUCAGGACGAUUGAAUUCUUACCAGCAAGCUAUAAUGGAGGUUGGGGAGGUCAUACAAUUUUAUGAUUCUGAUAGGAGGUUUCCAGCUUGGGGCUUUGGAGGAAGGACAUAUGAUGGCACUUUAUCCCAUUGUUUUAACUUGAAUGGUACAAAUGCCUAUGAGGUCGAAGGUGUUCAAGGCAUCAUGUCUGCUUAUGCUAGUGCUCUUCACAACGUCACUCUGGCUGGCCCUACUUUGUUCAGCCAUGUAAUCAGCAUAGCUGCACAAAUGGCUUCCCAGGCUAACUCCAACGGCAUUACCAAAUAUUUUGUGCUGCUCAUUAUGACGGAUGGAGUUUUGACAGAUAUACAAGAAACAAUGGAUGCUUUAGUUAGGGCAUCUGAUCUUCCUCUAUCUAUUCUUAUAGUUGGAGUGGGAAAUGCAGAUUUUAAACAAAUGGAGGUUCUGGAUGCUGAUGAUGGACGUCGAUUGGAGAGUUCAACAGGUCGGGUUGCUACACGAGACAUUGUACAAUUUGUUCCCAUGCAAGAAGUGCAUAGCGGGCAGGUUUCUGUUGUCCAAGCUCUAUUGGAAGAGUUGCCGAGUCAGUUUUUGACAUACAUGCGGUCUAGAAACAUUAAGCCACUCCAUGUUUGAUUGCCCCCAAUGGCUUUCAAAACAUUGGUAAAGGUAAUAAUAGAUUACUGUUGUCCCUUGAAAUAUAGUACACAAGAUACUUAAGAACCAAGUACAGAUAGUUUAGGAUAAAGUUUUACAACCAUCUGUUAAUAUUGGCUUUUUUGCUCAAAUAGAGUUAAAAAUUAUGUAC